ACGAAAUUCGUUAUAAAACAUGAAAUUUUAUUUUCUUUCACAUGAAUUCUUAUGGAUUGCUAUUAGCAUUCAGUCUGCUAAAUAAGAAACUGUAAAACUAUGACAUAGAUUAUUUUAUUGACUUUGAUCUCAUUCGUAGAAAUAUUAUUACUAUGAACAUAAAAGCUUACAAACUUUGAGCUGAAUAUAUUAUAUCUAAGGUUGUAGUUGUUUGAUCUAAUGUUUUUAUUGAUUCUCAUCUCCGUUGAACAAUUACAAUUAUGCCACACAAUCGAUAUAUGCUUCACAUGAAGGCUCAUCAUCUGCUUGUUUCUGUCUUAUAAUCGAUUUAAUGUGGGCGUAUCGAUGCAAAACCCCACUAAUUGAUAGAUAUAGCUUUCCCAUCGAUCAUCUCUUUCACUGAAACAAGUGAAAAUAAACAAUUAGGAAUACUAGAUUAUCGUAAACUUAGAAGACUUUCAUUUGCGUAAGAUUAACCAUUCCAUGUAUCGCUUUCCACUUUGAUCGAUAAACGUAAUAUUUUGAUUGAUUGUCAUUGUGUGGGAUAUAGUGCAAGAGACAUUAUGGACAACAAAUGGAAUAUCUUCUGUUCGCUUCAGCAUAUGUAUUUGAAGUACAAAAGAUGAACAGACAACCGACUUGGAGACUCUUAAAUGCCCCAUGGCACUGUGACGCCAAUUCCAUGGGGCAUCGUGGUGCAGUAGAUACUGCAGAUGAUCAAGAUAGUGAAUCUGCUCAUGAUACCUAUUAUCAAGACCGACACUCCAUGGAGCUAGGUGAUAUGGAAAGGGGCCCUCGAAGGAUAUUAAGAAAUUUGCAUAAUCGAAAAGGACCCCCUUCUCGCUUAGACAUGCCACGCUUAAGUCUUCUAGGAAAACCUAUCAAUUAUCGACCUCCAAGACAUCGCGAUCCAAGAUACAGGAAGGCACAGAUGAUGGUUCACAAUAUACUUGACAGGCCACGGGGACCUAUUGCAGUCAUAUACCAUUCCCUAAUGUUUUGCAUGGUAUUUUUCUGUCUGGUGCUAAGCGUAUUUUCUACCAUAGCAGAAUUUGAAGAAAUUGCUAGUUCUAUUUUAUUACGAAUGGAAAUCGUGAUGGUGGUGUGGUUCACAUUCGAGUUCUUUCUUCGCCUUUGGUCGGCUGGCUGCAGAUCCCGGUACCAGGGAUGGGUCGGACGACUCAGAUUCCUUAGAAGUCCAUUUUGUGUUAUAGAUGUUAUCGUCAUUGUGGCGUCUGUUGUGGUCUUGUCUGUGGGCAGCAGCGGACAAGUGUUCGCUGCGUCUGCUUUGCGUGGUCUCCGAUUCUUCCAGAUUCUUCGCAUGGUGCGGAUGGAUCGGAGAGGUGGAACAUGGAAGCUUCUGGGAUCGGUUGUCUACGCACACAGACAGGAACUCAUAACUACAUUGUACAUUGGUUUCCUUGGGCUCAUUUUCUCCUCGUUCCUCGUAUUCUUAGCCGAAAAAGAAUCUAAUUCCGAAAAUUUCAGCAACUUCGCUGACGCCUUAUGGUGGGGUGUGAUAACACUGUGCACAGUGGGUUACGGUGACACUGUUCCCAUUACGUGGCCAGGGAAGCUGAUAGCAGCCUUCUGUGCCCUACUCGGUAUCUCUUUCUUCGCCCUACCUGCUGGCAUUCUGGGAUCUGGUUUCGCCCUGAAAGUCCAGCAGCAACAGCGGCAGAAGCACAUGAUCCGUCGUCGUGUUCCAGCGGCCACUCUCAUCCAGUGCCUCUGGAGGUGCUACGCUGCCGACGAAAAUUCCAUGUCUGUUGCCACCUGGAAGAUACACCAACAACCACUACCCAGCCCUCCUGCCUUCCACUCUGGUUCGUUCACGAGCAUUAAGCUCAAAGACAGGCUCGACCUACCUCAAGGAACAUCGGGCCUAUUCAAGCACAACACUUCCUUCGUCAGCCGACUUUCCACUAUCCGUAGGCACAAGUCCACACCUUCACAUGGCCACCCAACUCACUCAAGGGGGCGCUUUGAUUCCACAGCCUCGACAGAUUUCGUAGCUACGUCGAAGACGCCCUCUGCCGGGACGGCUAGUAACUACGUAGAGGAUGGUACUGGAAAAGACGUAUCUGAUAAUUCCAAGAGAAACUCUGACGAAUGCAUUGUGGAUUGCGGUGACGUCACGACCACGCCCAAAGGCCUGUGCAACAUGCUGCAGAAAGAAUUCAGCUGCCCGCCCUACGUGGCGCUGUCACCAGCCUUUCUGUCCUCUGAACAAACAUCCCCAGGCUCAAGACGAGGCAGUUUCUGCGUAAAUCUCUUCAACAGGGUCCGUAAGGAUAGCCCAUCUUCAUGCGAUGAAGAUCCCGAAGAGCCUAGAUUAGCAGUUCUUACAAACCAACACAAAAACGCCAUUCGUGCUUUGAGAAAAAUAAAAUACUUCGUUGCCAGACGGAAGUUCAAAGAAGCCCUAAAGCCUUAUGAUGUUAAAGAUGUGAUAGAGCAGUACUCGGCCGGUCACGUGGAUCUUUUGAGCCGAGUUAAAAACUUACAGUGCAGGUUAGAUACUAUAUUAGGUAAAGCUGGGUCCAAAUCCAUAGAUGUAUACGAAUCGAAAAUUAGCUUAGCUUCAAGAAUAGUUAAAGUAGAACGAACUGUAGAAGACAUCGAAACGAAAGUGGACCAACUCAUUGAAAUGUACCUGGAGGAUAGACACCGUAUGUCGAACCUCAUCUCUUCAUUCAGCACCUCUUCACCUCCACCUCAACCACCGACGCCUACCUCGGUGCCAGCCGUUUCCGGUCCUCCCUCAGGCUCCGCCCACAACAGUAAGCCCCGCACUCAUCAACAACUACAGAAAAGUCCCAAGUCCAUUCUGGUGGACAACAAGCAGUAUAGCGAACCGACGACUCCAGUCGCAAAGAGCUUCGACCGCACCAUCCACCGUGGAAACUCCGACCUCAGCCAGCGCUGUAACCUCCACAAAAAGAAAAGAGUCACCGUUAGACACUCCUUAGAAGGUGGAUCUGCCACACCAACACUUUUGGCCACUCCUCGAAUUGAAAUUGACCAUGCCCAUAAUGCCAUAUCCCGUUCAGCGGACUCGGUGGACCCAGCAUCUUCUGAAACGGCUAGCACAUUGGGCACCGAACUGGAUAGUCUUGAGACCAGCGAUCCAGAUCUGUUCCAAGAAGAAGACGGAGAGCCCAGACGAAUCCGACGAGACUCGGACACAGAAGUCAGUACUGUGACCGUAGUCAUGAAGGAAACCCCUUCGCUGUUGAGGCCUUCCUUACAGAACCUUCGGACCUAGAAGGGGGGACAAGCGCACCCUUCUUCACGCAGACUAUUACAUUUCUGUUCUUUGCCUUCAUGUCUUGUUUCAUUAUAUUUCCGUUUUUGAAUCUCAUUUGUUCCCACCUCGCGGUUUUGCGACGACGAAUGUUUAUUAUGUAUAUAAAGAGCAUUUUUUCAUGUGAUAGUCCUUCAAUUAUAUA